AUUUUUUCUAACCGGAUUUUUAAAACACAAUCAAACUGGUAAAUAUCACAGCACAAAAAAAUGGAUAUAAAAUGGAACAUCGAACUAUUUAUGUUCUUCCUAUACCUGAAUCAAAUCACUUGCAGAAAAAAAGUGUUAACGGACACAGGUUGCCGUCUUCAAAUGCUACUCACAAUGCAGAUUCAACAACCGAGGAUGAAAGCAAUAAAAAAUCAUUUUGUGGAAGAAUAUUUAGCUGCUGUAAAUUUCCCGCUUUUUGCUCGAAAUGUCGAAAGAAUACUUCGGAUAUGGAUUCAAGACCAGAAAACGCAAAAGUUUCUCGUGGCUGUUUAAGUUGUUGUCGAAAAACUUCUGAGGAUGGAUCUGUGGAAUCUGAACCAAUAGUUGCAGAUCAUCGGCGAUCUGAUGCUUCAGAUAGAAGUCAAGGACAUGCAUCAACAAACUCAGAACAAAGAACUUGUUGUAUGAAAUUUAAAGAUGUGAUUUGUUGUUCAAGAAAAAAUAAAGUUAGUGAUUUAAGCAAUCGACCGAAAGGCUGUUGUGCUGGUUUUUCAUGUUGUAGAAGAAAAUCAAACGAUGAAAAUUGGGCAGAAAGAAGAGAUAGUAUAUUAAGUGAUGCACCUCCAAGAAAAUGUUGUUCGGGAGGUUGUUGGCCAUUCUGUAGAAGAAAAUCUCAAGAUUCCAGUACUGAACCAGAUAGUAGAAGAACAUCUAUGUUAGAUAAGAAAAAAAGUUUAUCACCAUCGACAAUACAGCCACCAACAGAGAAAAGAAAACCUGCAUUAGAUGAAAGUCUUGUAGAACACACUUCAGAAAUGAGAGGAGCUAUACCCGUCUUACCUAUUCCUUUGGCAUGGAUUUGUUUAAUAUUAAAUUGUAUUCUUCCGGGAGUAGGUACAAUUUUAAGUGGAAUUUUUUGUUUAUGUUUCGGAAAACCAAGAUUUUCUGUUCAUGAUGGUGCUCGUGCACGACUGGGCUCCUUUAUUAUUAAUUUAAUCGUAGGUGUUGCUCAAAUGUUUUGUGUAUUAUUUUGCUUGGUUGGUUGGGGUUGGUCUAUAUGGUGGGGCGUUAUUAUGCUGAAAGUAGCAAGAAAACACAAAAGAACGAAACCAAUUGACCCAGAUAUGGAAGAAAAUGAUCGUGUACCAACUGCUACAAAUGCAAACCAUAAUGGACCAGAUGUUGAACGGGGUAGAUCGUAACAACAAUUAUAAAUAGAAUAAAUAUAAU